GCUGUGAUGCAGGAUAAAAGUGAAGUUCAACACCAAAUAUCCACUUUGCUUUUUAUUGCAUUGACAUGUGGUGUUUUAAUACUUUUCUUUACAAUAUUCUUCGGUCCAUGGGGUCUAACUGCUUUUACGGGGGCAAGGAAUGCAUAAAUUAUAACUGCAGCAAAUACAUAUGUUCAGUUUGCAAGUGUAUGGGACUGCAGUCUUUAGCAGCAAGUCAGCUGCUACAACUGUGCAUUAGAAGGGAACUAUCUUGUUCCAGAAGCCAGUAUAGAGGAGGAAUCAUAGUAAUGAGCUUGAGGAGCAUCAUGAAAUCCAAUCUCUAUUCAUCCCGUGUCCUAGAAAAUGGCAUUAGAAGAUCUUAUUCAGAGAGGUGAUUGGCAAGGCAGGUUCCAUGCUCACUCUAUCACCUUUAUUUAUACAGGUUCGAAGAUUAUGAUGGUUUUAAUAGCAGUUUCUUUCCUUUAAUAGUUGCUGAAGAGGAUGUUUGCUCCGAAAUUUGAACACUAGAGAAUGAGAUAGAGUUGAGUCAGAAAGAUUACAUCACAAAGCUGUUAGGAGAAAUUCAAGGCCUUUGGUGGAGCUACUAUUGAGAUAUAGUCCAAAUAGAGUAGCAGAUGCGCUGAGGCUGGAAUAUGAGGAGGCUCUGGGUGGUGGAUUUUUGUUUAGACUUAAUAUACUAGGUCCUUCAGGUUUGACACCUCUGCAUGUUGCAGCCGGAUUGAUAAUGUAUUACUACGUAUUACUUAAAUUUUAUGUGGAUUGAUAAUAUUUUAAAUUGAUAAUGUAUUAUUAUUUCAAAUUAA